GUCUAGUUUGGUUAAAAAGACAAAACUCUUCCCAGCUCUGCACUGACUAACAAUAUGUUCAUCCUACUUGGACUACUUCUAGUCUGUGCGUCACUGGGAGGUGAGGCCAGAUUUAAGAACAAAAACUAUUUUGCGAAAGAUGCUCUCCUGACAAAUAAAAGGCAGCUAGCGUCCUGUCCCGCAGAUCGAUUCGCGUGUCCCGAGAAAUGCAUCUCUCAGAGCUACGUCUGCGACACGGAGAACGACUGUGCUGGAGGACUUGACGAGCAACAGAACUGCCCUACAGACUGCAGCGGAGUGAACCAGUUCAAAUGUACAAACGGGAAGUGCAUCUCCACCUAUUACUUGUGCGACGCCGCCAAUGAUUGUUCUGAUGGAGCAGAUGAGAAAAACUGUUCAGGAUCUUGUCGAGGAACUGACUUUAAGUGUGGCAAUGGCGCCUGUAUAAGUCACAGCUGGCUGUGUGACGGCGAUGAAGAUUGCGGAGACCACUCAGACGAGGCCAACUGUGGUGGAACAUGCAGGAAUGGCUACUUCCACUGCGCCAACGGAGCGUGUGUCACCCAAACCUGGGUGUGCGAUGGAGACAACGAUUGCCAUGACAACUCUGACGAACAAGGCUGCGCCCAAAGAACCUGCUCCUCCACUCAGUUCAAGUGCGCCAAUAGCAAUAAGUGUAUUCCUUCUGGAUACCAGUGUGAUCACUACGAUGACUGCGGAGAUGGUAGUGACGAGGCCGCGUGCACGUGCGGUCCAAGCUUGUUCAAGUGCCCCCACGGCAAGUGCAUCCCCAACAGCUACUUGUGCGACGGAGACAACGACUGCGGGGACCUGGCGGACGAAGACAACUGCCCCACCAUCCACCCCGGGGUCUGCAUCGACCAGCUGACCUUCGAAGACUGCUAUCGCAUGAACAUCUCCACCUACCCCAUCUGCCAGUAUUACACUGACGCCCACAGGUACUGCAGGAAGUUCUGCGGCGUCUGCGACACGUAACUUUUAGGGCCGUGUGCAAAAAGUGCACAAAGAUUACGUUCCCCGUGCGCGUGAUAUGUAAAUUAUGAAUGUUCAGUCUCGUGACAUUGUCUUAUAAAUUUGACAAUUAAAAUAUUAUUUUGAA